AUGCCGAAUACGGCUACACCUCCAUCGGCCCAGCCUUCCACCCAUGACUACACCAACCCCGGAAAAGGACACAGCGCUGGAGAGUACUCAUCGCAAGCUGAAUCAGAGAACGAUUUAGAUGUCUCCAGUGCAGUUCGGGCCUUGAAGCGAAAACGGCCUCUUACUGUCUCAUGCGAGUUGUGUAAACAAAGAAAGGUCAAGUGCGAUCGAGUUCAGCCCAGUUGUGGUUGGUGCACGCGAAAUGGUCAAUUGUGUGAGUACAAAGAAAGAAAGAAACCGGGCUUGAGAGCCGGCUAUGGAAAAGAGCUGGAGCAGCGACUCGACAGAUUGGAGGAAAUCAUCCAGGCGCAGGCCCGUCUCAUUGAAACCCAUAUACUGCAAAAUCAAACAUCGGGAGGACGUGAAACAACCCACUUUGCCUCGGUCUGCUAUAGCUCUCCCUCGGAGCCGUCCAAUAUCCCGGGCCCAAGUCCACGGACAGCAGUCUAUUACAAUGACGCCUCACCGGGAAACCCAGCCCCUCGACGAGCAGAUGUGAUGAUUGCAACACCUUCAGAUUCAUCGAUAAGAGCUCCGAAUUACAAUGGCGUUCGCAACGGAGGGUCAGCUCCAUCAUUGAGCUCACUGCCUCCUGCGGCCAAUGCGCAGCUUAAUAACGACUACACCGGAAACGAAUCGUCGUUGAAAGUCCCUGUGAGUCUUUUUGGAAACCAAGAGCAGAGCCUUACCGACCCGAACCUGGAUCUACCACCAUACGAUCUGCUGUAUGCACUGGUAGAUCUCUAUUUCGAGCAUAUCAAUACUUGGUGUCCCAUUCUACAUCGCAGAUCUACUCUGGAUACCUUUUUUGGUCCCUCUCCACUGGACGAAGCCGAUCGUAUGGUGCUUUAUGCAAUCGUGGCUACGACUUUGCGGUUUUCGGGGGAUUCUCGCCUCACUGAUGAGAAACGGAAGCGCUACCAUGACUCUUCGAAGCAAAAAGUUCUUCUCUACGGGCUGGAGAAUUCGUCGGUAAAGGCUCUUCAGGCGCUUGUCAUCUUGGCCAUUGACUUGGUUGGCUCAUCCAAUGGGCCUCCUGGUUGGAAACUGCUUGCUCUCAUCACCAGAUCCGUGGUCCAGCUGGGAUUAGCCGCAGAGUCUAAAUCUGCCCUCAUUGCACCGGUCUAUCCGUCCAUUUACACACUCAGAGCGGUGACUUUACCUGAACCCGAAUCUUGGAUUGAGGACGAAAGUCGGCGUCGUCUCUUUUGGAUGGUGUACUUGUUGGACCGGUACUCUACCAUCGCUACUGCCUUUAACUUCGCGUUGGAUGACAAGGAUAUCGACCGCAAACUUCCUUGCAAAGAGGAGUUUUUCUUGAAGAAUAAACCUGUCGACACACGGAGGUUUCGCUGCUCUAGCGAUCGCAUUGACUACCACAACCAUGCAGAGAAUGUCGGCUCCUUUGGAUUGUACAUGGAAAUACUCGGUAUUCUCUCCCGCAUUCACGUCUUUUUGAAAAGACCUGUCGACAUUGGAUCUCUCUCCGACGUCGAGGAAUGGCAAGCAACCUACCGCAAGCUCGAUAGCGAGCUCACAUCCUGGGAAUUCAAUCUGCCCACUGAAUACGCCUAUGAGAAUGCAUCAAGGCUUUUCGCUGGUGGCAAGCAAAAUCGAAACCUUCAUAGCGAUUGGGUGCAACUUCAUGCCACUUAUCAAACAGCUGUGAUUCGCUUGCAUUCAUCUGCCGCCUAUCCCACGACUCGCUCACCAAUCUUCACCCCCUCUUACAGCGCUAGUCAACGAUGUCUCCUAGCCGUGGACAACAUCUUAUCGGUCACAAAGCUCGUGGUCGAGAACAAUCUGCUUGACAAACUUGGCCCUCCGUACGCCUUCUCUCUCUGGGUCUCAGCUCGCCUUCUUCUGGUUCACGGCUCUACGAUCGCACACACCGUCAGCCAAGACAUUCUGUUCUUUGUAGAUACACUCUCUCGCAUGGGUCAGUACUGGAAGGUUGCCGAACGCUACAGCAACAUCCUCCAGCGUGUACUCGAUGAGUAUGGAGAGUAUCAACAGUCUGGCGUCACAGACGGGGAGCGCUCGACGCCGUCCACUGUCAAAAUUUUGGCCGACAUGCGACGAUGUGCGUUUGACCUCGACUUUCUCAUUUCCCGCCAACCUCGCGAGUCUCCAUCAAGUGUGAGCCACGGUGAUGCUAAUGAUGCGCAUCGUCCAUCCUUGGCGGCUAUCACUCCGCGGAACCUAGCUCCAAAUGAGCUAGAGUACCUCGAUGUUUUUGGUUUCUUCAAUUUCCCCCGAGUGCCUCCGGCACGUGCUCCCGAUUCGAGCUCAAAUGGCGCAAACCAUAACCACCUGAGCGUGUCUGAAAGCGUUCCAAAUCCCAUGUCCAUUCAUGGGCUUACUGGCAAUGGGGCCAUGAUGGACGGCAGUGGUUCUGCAAACACGAACGAAUUCAACAUUACCAACUACCUGAUUCCCACGCCUGAAACGGACUGGCUGUUCCGCCCAGGAAGGUGA